AUGGAGGAUACAACAUGGGAGCAAAAAUUCACAGCCCUAACACACAUCUUAACAAACCCAACUACAAACCCAUCACUCCACUCUCAAUAUUUCAUUGCUAACCAAAUCCCCUGUUAUCUAAACUGGGAUUUCCCACCUUUACUCUGCCCCAAAUACCAAAACAACCCAACAUUCAACUUAAAAUGGAGUUUCUCUCUCUUCCUUAAAAGAUUAAGGGCACCUCCUAUUUCUUGGAGGUCAAAGUGCCCUUACAGUCAACCCCCACCUCUGAUUUUGGGCAAAGGAGUUGAAGAAGCUAAAUGGGAUGAUGAAAGUAAAAGAUUGUAUUUCAGGAAAAGAUUGUUUAGAAAGAAGCUAGUGAGUGAAGUUAAUCCUUUGAUUCCAAUUUUGGUUCCUAAUGUCUUGUUGGUUUGGGUCCUCUUUUGGGGUCCAAUUCCUCUCGAUGAUCCUUGA